AUGGCGGAAACAACUCGAUUCAAAGAUUUGCAAGCCGAGGUGAGGGGCAUGAGCGAGUCUAUGAAACAGAACGAGACCUCGCUGAAUGCAAAGAUGGAACAAAUGGAAGCCAACACGAAUAAUCGAUUAGACAGGAUAGAGGCCGCCAUUGAAGCUUUCACUAGAGCGCCAGAUGCAAGGUUAGAAAAGAUGGAAGCCGCCAUAGUUGGGUUGGGUAAAGAAGCAGAUAGUCAACAUCGUAACAUCGAACGACUCAACCAAUUGGUAUUGGCGUUGGAAUCCAGAACCGAAGUGGAACAUAGCGAUGGGGGAAUGUAUUCGGGUGGAACAGGGGGGAACCAGCACCACUAUCAUUCUAAGCAGGUAAAAGUGGAUUUCCCAAAGUUUGGUGGUACUGACCCUUCCCAUUGGAUCUUCCGGGCAGAACAGUACUUUGAGUACUAUGGUACCCCAGAGCCGCAUAAACUGGUUCUGGCUGCCAUAAACAUGGAGGGCGACGUCGUACCCUGGUUCCAACUUUUGCAGAAGACAAAGGUGAUACACAAUUGGGCUUCACUCACUCGGGCUGUUGAGACAGAGUAUGGCCCGUCACUGUUGGAGAAACCCAGGUCCAAGUUGUUCAAGCUGAUGCAUACAGGCCUAGUGGAAGACUAUUGCAGAGAGUUCAUGGCCUUAGCCAAUCGGACCGAAGGGAUUUCGGAUGAUGCCCUUAUUGAUUGUUUUACCAGCGGUCUGAAAACAAAUGUGAAACGAGAAGUAAUAUCCCGCCGACCUCCCACAUUGCAAAAGGCGAUUGAACUUGCUAAAAUAUAUCGCUGUGAUGAGGAAAUGGCCGGAACGUUGAAGACAAAGGCAAGCUCAAAUCCUGCGGGGUCCAACUUUAGAGGGGGAAAUAGCUCGUUCACUUUAGGUGUCGGGCCGAAGAACGCAUUGCCUCCGCUACUCCCUACUCCGAAUGUUAAACCGAUGUCACAAGUCAAGAAGAUGUCACCGGCAGAGAUGAUGAUACGCAGGGAAAAGGGGUUGUGUUACACCUGUGAUGCCAAAUUCACACCCAAUCACCGCUGCCCAAAUAAGCAAUACAUGCUUAUUGAAUGUGAGGAACUUGAAAAGAACGCGAGGCACGAGCCCCAUUCGCAGACUGAUGAGCUCAAAGAAGACUUAGACGGGGAAGAAAUGACGAUUCACCAUCUUUCGCUCCACGCUUACCACGGUUCACCUGGGAAGGCUACCAUCCGCUUCGUAGGAGUGAUUGGAGGUACGGAGGUCCAAAUAUUAUUAGAUGGGGGCAGUUCUGACAGUUUUAUACACCCUAGAAUUGCUCAACACUUGGGGUUAGCCAUCGAGAAGACGAAGAAUGUCAGGGUAAUGAUAGGAGAUGGAAAUGCUAUGAGGGGAGAAGGGGUGGUCAGAAACUUGGCUGUGAACAUUCAGGGGUAUAAACUCGAAUUCCUUGCUUAUGUUCUUGCUAUCGCUGGGUCGGACUUAGUCAUUGGGCCGUCUUGGCUGGCUACCUUGGGUCCACACAUUGCCAAUUAUACGAUUGGGGAGUCUUAUAUCAAGUUUGCGCUAGGCGAUGAUUUUAUUACCUUAAGAAGGACUAACCAAGCUGUAGUUGCCCAGGCAGGGUAUCACCAUUUACAACGGUUGGUUCACACAAAAGCAAUCUUAGAAUGUUAUGUACUGGAGCUGAACACGUUUGAUUCGGAACCCGACCCUAACAUAGAGGACAAGGGCGACAUAAAUCCUGACUUACAAGGUAUCAUACAAGAUUUUAGUUCGGUGUUUGACAAGCCUCAUGAUCUUCCACCGAACAGGGAGCAUGAACAUCGGAUUAUCUUGCAUGAGGGAGUCGGACCAGUGAAGGUAAGACCUUACCGAUAUCCUUUUAGUCAAAAAGCUGAAAUAGAAAAGAUGGUCCAGGAAUUAUUAAAUGAUGGCUUCAUACAACCCAGUACCAGUCCAUUCUCUGCUCCAGUGAUUUUAGUAAAGAAGAAAGACGGCACGUGGAGGUUCUGUGUGGACUAUAGGGCCCUUAAUGCGGUUACAGUAAAAGACUCUUUCCCAAUGCCCAUAGUGGACGAAUUGUUAGAUGAGUUGGGGGGUUCAGUGUUCUACACAAAGCUGGAUUUACGAUCUGGGUACCAUCAAGUCCUCAUGCAUCCUCCAGACAGAGAAAAGACUGCCUUCAGAACACAUCAGGGACUGUAUGAGUGGUUAGUAAUGCCCUUCGGACUUUCCAAUGCACCAGCAACCUUCCAGGCUCUAAUGAACUCUGUCUUCAAACCAUUCCUGAGGAAAUUCGUAUUGAUUUUCUUUGAUGAUAUUUUAAUAUAUAGCGCCACGUGGCUACAGCAUUUACAACAUGUGGCAGAAGUUUUGGAGGCGAUGGCAAGGCAUAAACUCUUUGCUAAGUUCUCUAAAUGUUCAUUUGGCAAGACUAAGGUUGAGUACUUGGGACAUGUGAUUUCAGCCAAUGGAGUAGAGGUGGAUCCCACCAAGAUUAAUUCGGUCCUGCAGUGGCCAACUCCUCAAUCAGUAACACAAUUACGAGGAUUCUUAGGACUUUCAGGCUAUUACAGGCGUUUUAUUCGCCAAUAUGCUAAUCUGGCCAGUCCUCUUACCAAGUUGCUCCAUAAGGAUGCUUUUCACUGGUCACCGGAAGCACAAACGGCAUUUGAUCAACUCAAAAGUGCACUGACACAAGCUCCUAUCCUAGCCCUGCCAGAUUUUUCAAAGACUUUUAUUCUAGAGACAGAUGCUUCUGGAGUUGGCAUUGGUGCAGUAUUGAGCCAGAAUGGGCACCCUAUUGCUUAUUUCUCGAAACAGAUCUCUCCUAGGAUGCAAGCGCAAUCUGCCUAUGUUAGGGAGCUGUAUGCCAUCACUCAAGCAGUGGCGAAAUUCAGACAUUAUUUGUUUGGCCAUCACUUCAUAAUUCGAACAGAUCAGGAGAGUUUGAAACAUAUCAAGGGACAAAUUAUACAAACACCUGAGCAGGAAGCUUAUCUCCCGAAAUUGAUGGGGUACGAUUUUUCGAUAGAAUACAAGCCUGGCAAGAGUAAUGCAGCAGCUGACGCCUUGUCUAGAAUAACGCAUAUGGGCUUGGUGAGGAUAUAA